UAACACAAGGACAUGAAGAGAAAUUAAAUUUCCAAAUAAAUAGGAAAUAGAGAAUUAUGUAGUUGGUUUUCAAAUACAAAAGUUUUCGACGAUUGGAUACUUUAAAACGCGACUUUUACGUGAAGGAUAACAUUGAGAAUAGUCCACGUUGCAGAUAAAUCAAAAUUGUGCCGCUCGAUCUUGAAAAAAAAUAAACAUAUUUAUAUAUAUAUUCGGUGCGCGGACACCAUAGUUGCUAGGGAGUGCAGUGUCCUGUUUAAAAUCUAAACCAAAGCGGAUUGAUACACAAUUUGAAGCGGAAAAGGGCGCGUAGGACUACAAAAUUUGAUUAUCAUAUUUACAAAGUCGUUGUUAGGUACAGUAGAUAGUACGAUCAAAUCAACAUAUCAAAAUGGCAGAUCAACUGACAGAGGAACAAAUUGCUGAGUUCAAAGAAGCCUUCUCGCUGUUCGAUAAAGAUGGAGAUGGCACCAUCACCACCAAAGAGCUGGGCACAGUGAUGCGCUCGCUGGGACAGAACCCCACAGAGGCCGAGCUGCAGGACAUGAUAAAUGAGGUGGAUGCUGAUGGAAAUGGAACCAUUGACUUCCCUGAGUUCCUGACCAUGAUGGCGAGGAAGAUGAAGGACACUGACAGUGAGGAGGAAAUCAGAGAAGCUUUCAGAGUCUUUGACAAGGACGGUAACGGCUAUAUCAGUGCUGCAGAGCUGCGUCACGUUAUGACAAACCUCGGUGAGAAACUGACAGACGAGGAGGUGGAUGAGAUGAUCCGGGAGGCUGAUAUCGAUGGAGAUGGACAGGUCAACUACGAAGAAUUUGUGCAGAUGAUGACGGCAAAAUAAUACCAUAAACCCAAAAGAACCCUUCACCACAAGAUCAAACAGUGGGCAACACACUGUCAACACUCGACUGUCCUUUUAAUUUUUUUGCUUUGCAUUUGGUUGCUUUCCCCCUUUGUCCAUUUCGCUUGAUUCAGACUCAUCUGCAUAAUCUGUUUUCUUUCAUUGUUCCUCUCUUAUGCUCUUUUCUUUGACAUUUUCUGUUUUCUCUCAAGUAAAAUAUUUAUUUACAUAAACAUAUACUAAAAUUGUCGAAACAAACGUGAACAAUUUCAAGCUAAAAUAUAUACGGGAAGAGAAAUGCAUGCUGUGUUACUUUGGGAAUAUUUUUGUGCUACUCUGCUUGCAUUGUUUUUUGUUUAUUACAUGGGCUAUCCUCGUGCAAUUUACGGUUGUAGAUAUUUGCUAUCUUUUAAAGUGCAAAAGAUUAACAUGAUGGAAYGUGACAGAAUUUUAACAAUAAAAUGGACCGUAAUGUACUUCAUGUGUGUAUGCGCAUGUUUUGGUGAAUUUUUUUAUAUGUACAUUUGGGUAUAGCAGAAAUGGUUGUCCAAGGACUCCCCUGUGCAGUGCUGUAAUUAAUGUUAAUUGGUUUCCCUAAUGAAUAUGCCCCUGGUCUUUCUGUUCAGCACCACCAGUCUCGUUUGAAAUGAUUUAUGCUAUUUUAACAAUCAAGUAAUGAUUUCAUGUACAUUUCACUUAUGCGUAAAGAUGUAAGGCAUUACAAUUUUUCAAUGGUUAUGACAUAAGUGGCAAUGAACUUCAAACCUGCUCUGAACAAUUUCAUGUACUAUUAGGAUAUUAAUUCCCCAAGCAAAUGCCACUCACCUUGUAAUUGUGGUUUUAAAGGAACCCUGUACAAGAAAAUACAUUUCCCGGUCUAUUUUUGAAAAUGUUACCUGUGGAAGGGUGAAUACAAGUUGUUUGAGAGUCUGCUGCUUGUGGUUUUGUACUGAACUUGUGUGUGAUUGACGUCAUGGUCUGUGUUGUCGCUGUCCUACCUAUCUGAUCAUACCAUAUUGCAUAUUUAACUCGACAACGUUUCAUGUCAUCCAUAUUUUAGGUUUCCCCUCCCAUUCCUCAGUUUACUUUUUUACUGUCCAUAAAUGUUCUCUUUCUGUUAAUGAUCUAUGUUGAAGACUUUGCCAGUUUAGUUGUCAUGUUCUUUCCCCUGCCCUUUAAAGUGGAGUUAUUUGGAGGAGAAUGAGAGAUUAUGCAUUCCAUUGCUAAUUAAACUCUUAGACCAGUGUUUCUAUA